CAAGGCUUACAGAAAUACAGGAAGAUUUUAAUCUCUUAGGAAACUCUGCCUGACUCUUCCACUUCUCCUUGUCUGCUCAUGAUCUGUUGUUUUUGAGGUGCUGAGGUCCCAGGGCAACCUUCAUCUUCUGUGGAAGGAGUGGUGUUAAAGCCCAGAACAUUUCAGCCGUGCUGCGGCUUCUGGACUCCGCAGGGAAGGCGACAAAGGGGAUUUUCUGCCGUCAUCUGUUCCCAAUCACAGUGGUUUCAGGGAGCUCCUUGGCCCGUUUCCAUCACAACCCGUCAUCUCCCGAGCCCACGCAACUGGGAGGUGGGGCCUCGUGGUGGUGGUAGUGGCCAGAGCACAGUGCAUCACCCUCACAGGACCCGGGUGAAAGGACAGUGCACACACCUCUGUGCUCCUGCUCUGCUGGGGACAGGCUGGCCCUCGGUGAGUAGCCCUGUGCCCACUGGGUGCUCCGGGACAGCUUCAGAGGGACCAAGGAAUGAGAGCAGAGAUUCUCUCUAGAUUUCCAGAAUUUCAUCUGCUGCCAAGAAAAAGGGGUCUGUGCUGGGACUGGAGCUGUGUUUUCCAUGGAUGAGUGUUGGCAUUACGAGCAGAUAUGUGUGAGGGGAAUGCUGACCUCACCUGGAAAUCUCACUGUAUCCUUACCCACUGCUCUUCUAUCUGCUCCUGUCCUACCUUCUCACCCCUUCUCAGCCAGAGUCUAUUCUCAUGCACACCUGUUAACGUCCUGGUUGCUCUGAGUUUGCUUUGCCAGCAUACUUUAUCCUGCCCUUACCAUAACUUCUCUAAACUAGAUGCCUCUCAGGUAAUUUUUUUGUAUCUUUGGCUGUUACGGCACACAAGCAGGGCAGGGCUGCAUGGAGGCUUUGGUUUUACAGUUUAACUGGUAAAAAGUCAAGUGUUGGGCAAUGCCACGUCCACUGCACCCAUGGGAGGUGUGUGUCAGCCCAGCUGCUGUGCGUGGGGGUGCAGGAGUGAGGGGGAGCCCAAGCCCAGCCCUGCUUUCAGGCGGAGUCUGCGGUUCCCAACUUUGCUUUGCAGGUGGAUGCGCCACAAUGACGGUGAAGAAGACUCAGGCUGCGCAGGAUGGAAGUGCCAAGGAGAACGUGCUGCAGAGGGUCCUGCAGCUGCCCGUGGUGAGCUCCACCUGCGAGACGCUGCAGCGCAAGUACAGCAGCACCAAGGAGUCGCACCCGCUGAUGGCCUCGGUGUGCGAGGUGUACGAGCGCGGCGUGCAGGGCGCCGGCGCCCUGGCCAUGUGGGGCAUGGAGCCCGUGGUGCGCCGGCUGGAGCCGCAGUUCGCUGUGGCCAAUAACCUGGCUUGCCGGGGCUUGGACCACCUAGAGGAGAAGAUCCCUGCCCUCCAGUACCCCGUCGACAAGCUCGCAUCUGAACUGAAGGACACCAUCUCCUGCCCCCUGCAAAGUGCCAAAAGCACCAUUGGCAGCUCUGUGGAUAAGAUCAAGGAGCUGGCAGCAGAGGGCUAUGAGGCCACCAAGAGCACAGUGGAAACAACAGCCAAGUACACAAGGAAGAACUCAGUGACCCAGAUGGCAGCUGCAGGGGUCGACACAGCCCUGGGAGGGCUGGAGAAGCUGAUGGAAUACCUGCUGCCAGAGGAGGAUGAAGAAGCAGACAAGAAGCCCAAAAAGAAACAUCUGUCAACGCCAAAGGCCUCCCAGAAGCAGCCCAGUGCUCCCAGCACUCCCAGUGCUCCCAGUGCUCCCAGGGCUUCCAGUGCUCCCAGUGCUCCCAGGGCUUCCAGUGCUCCCAGCACUCCCAGUGCUCCCAGCGCUUCCAGGGCUCCCAGUGCUCCCAGCACUCCCAGUGCUCCCAGUGCUCCCAGCACUCCCAGUGCUCCCAGCACCCUGGGCCGGAUUGGCGCUUUGGUCAGCACCGUGUCCCACCGCGCUUACCAGCAAACCACCCAAAGCCUCCAGCGUGCCAAAACCAAAGGGCAGGAGCUGGCCUCCUGGAUCCCCAUCCUGGGAAGUCUGGCCAAGCCGAGUGCCCCCGCGGCCCCUCAGGCCCGCAGUGAUGGGCAGGGCAGCGCGGCUUGGCCGACCCGGCGCCACAGCAAGGCAACGGAGCAGAAGCAGGAGAAGGCAGGGAAGAAAGACACCAGCCACACCAAGGCAGGACAGGACCCCGGGCUCGUGGGCAGCGUGGCUCACAACCUGCAAAGCGCCUGCGCCUCCGGCAUCUCCAGCGUGAAGAAGGUCCCGGCUGUGGCCUGGGAUGCGGCAGAGGGCUUGAUCCUCUUCACCCCCCGCAGGCUGUCCAGGGCCAUGGAGACAGUGGAUGCUCUCGGGGGCACCCUCGUCAGUGCCCCUAAGCAUCUGCUGGGCACCCUGUACAGCUACGUGCCGCUCCGCAGGCAGUCGGUGAAGGAAGAAGAAGCAUCCAGGGGCAGCAAGACUGACAUGGAGAAGAAAGAGAAGAAGGAGGAAGAGGAGGAGACCAAGGCUGCUGCUGCCUCCACUGAGGAGAAGUCCCAGCUGAGGAGUGACUGGCGGCAGUACCGUGGCCAUCACCCCCUCUCCUUCCUGGGGCUGGAGGAUCCCCUCUUCCUGCGGCACAACUACUACCGCAGCCCUGCCUUCGACCCCGACUACGCAUUCCCACGGAAAUCCGCCUUCUCCCCCUACAACAGGAGGGUGAGUGAGGGCUCCUACCGCUUCAGCCCCGAGUCCAUGUACAGCCGGCCCUACUACGGCAAUUUCUACAGUCCUGUCUUCAAGAAGGACUGAGCCAGCAGGCGGGACAAACACAUCCCAGCCCCUCUCAAAUCCCCUCAGCACGCUUUGCCUGGGCCCCUGCCAGCAGCCCACACACACCCCUGUUCCAGGACAGGAGCUUAAAGUGGUAGACAGGCCAUGGGAUAGCUUAUUCUGGAGUGCAUCAGGCCAGGAUGGGGGAACAAAGGCAACCAAAAGCCCUGCUGCUGGAAGGAGGAGGUAGGGGAAGGUGGGACUAGGAAGGUGAAGGAGAUGUGGCAAGAGCGGUGAGACCAGAAGAAGAGACCACCCAGGCUGGCACUGCACUGCUUUGGACCCUGCUCAGCAGACAGAGUGAACUUAGAUGGGCUACACAUUGAGAACAGCAGUGAGAGAGAGCAGGGAGGAUGGCAAAGCUGUCAAACAUCAGCAUAGCAAGCCUGUUUCCCCAUCCUUCCUCCCUCCAUCCCCCCUUGCAGGACCCAUCCCUAGGCACAGAAUGCUCCUCCAUGGAGGGGCUGAAGAUCCCCACCAAACAGCAGGAUUCAUGAGUAGGAAAACCCUGGGCACUU